UUUAUAUACUGUUAAAACAUGGACCUCUUUAGUCGUGGCAAAUCCAAAGGGAAAAAAAGGCCAGUCAUUGAUCCACCUCUUAUCGAGACUGCCACUACCACUAAUACAGCCCAAGUUUUACAACCUCAUUCUCCCAACAGUCCAAAUGUUCAUUCGGGUCCUGACGACUUUUUCUCAUCAGGUAAUAAACAACAAUUAAGCCAGAAUAUAGAAUAGCAUUUUUAGAAACCUAGUCUAGGGGUAGGUCGUUUAGUUGAAGGAUCGCCUUCCAUAAGAAGCUCGCAGUCGUCUGCACCAAGCACAGAUAGCGAAUACACCAAUGUCGAUGCCAUGACGGAGGCUGAAAUUGAAGAGUUUUUUGAGCGCAUGCUGACAAGAAGAGGUAUUCAUGAUAAUAAUGCUCGCGCAAAAAUGUCUUCCUUUUCAGUUGAAAAAAAGAGAUUGAUGGUUGCUCAGGAAAUACUGUCAGAAUGUAACUCACCUUCAGCACAAUCUAACCGAAGAGGAAUGGAUAAGAAAUCAGACCACCAGACAGAAAGUAAAGGACCAGAUUAUUAUGUACGGAAAUUGUCAGACAUGUCAAGGGGAGUUAACACAAAAGUUGUAUCUCAUCUUGCUGUGGGUCUUCGAACAAUGCCAUUAAGUUGGGUCCGUCAAUUUAUUGACAUGCAAGGCUUAUUAGUGAUUACUGACGUCUUGAAAGCUUUCAAUAAGACAAAAAACAAGCAAGAACUUAGUUUGUCUGUAGAAGGUGACCUGUUGAAAUGCUUCAAGGCACUCCUGAACAACAGAGUUGGCGCACGGGAAGCUCUUAAACAUCCGCGAUGUGUUCAGGAAAUUGUUCAUUGUAUUAUUUCACCUUCGAUUAAUUCACGUCGACUCGUAUGUGAAGUUUUGGUAUUUAUGUGUUAUUACGAAGUGCCUAUAGGUCAAGACCUUGUCUUAAAAGCUAUGGAUCAAUUGCGUGACAAAAAUCGUGGUUUAGGUAGAUUUGAUGCUUGGUUGACAGAACUUGAAAUCACACUUGGUGGGCGUGGUCGUAUGGGCAGUAUGGUGGGUGCCAGUGAAGACUUUAAGCGGAUGGCAGCCUAUGGUUCACCAGACAACCAAUUGACAGAAUACACAUUGUACAAUAUGAUCUUGGUCAAUGCUAUUAUCAAUGUGGUAGAUGAUACAGAAAUCAGAAUUCAUCUUCGAAAUCAAAUGACAGCGUCUGGUCUAGAACGCAUUAUGGAAAAAAUGAAUGAAUUGUGCGAUGAGCAUGUGGAUAGACAAAUUCGCGAAUUCAAGAGUUUGGCAGAAAGCGAUCAGGAUGAAGUGAUGGAAAUGUAUCAUGAACAUAUUCUCAGUGACCAAAAUGAUCCGCGCGAUGUGUUUGAAUGUAUUUUGUUGAGUUUGGAAGGCACUCGAGCUUAUGAUUUCUUUUUAAGCUGCUUGCAACAUUUGCUGUUAGUCAAUAAUGAAGAGACUGGAUUGAAGUCAAGAUAUUUUCAGAUCAUUGAUAAUCUGGUGGCACAAGUGGUUUUAGAUCAUAAAGGUUUAGCAGAAGACUUCUCGACAGACUACACAACGACUGUACAACAUCUCAUUAGUAAAUUUGCAGAUCAGGAUCAACUAAAAGCAGCACUUGAAGAUCUCAAGGAACUGCAGCAAAAUUACGAUGAAAUAGAAAAGGAGCGAGAUAUGCUUCGACAAGAAUUAUCACAACAAGGAGAUGCACUCGAACUAGUUCAGCUUAAAGAAAAGACAGUAUCUCUUGAAGAUUUGCUUCGUAUGUCUAGACAUACUAUUUCAACACUUCAAGAAAAACUACGAGAGGUUGAAGCAAGCUAUGAAGCCAAACUCGAAAAGGCAGAGCUUCAAUUAGAAGAAUUCCACAAACUUGUAGGCGACGAAGCAGAAAAUGAUAAAAAAGAAGAUUUGGUUAUCCCCCGAAAGCGUCUCACGAUGGCCAUGGAUAAAAUCCGCGCUCAGGAGGCACUUGAAGGAAGUAAACGAGAGACUCGAUUACCUAUGGAAUCUGUCAUGCCUGCUCUGGACAAAGAUGAUAGCAAACACAAAUCUAUGGCACUUGGCUUAUCUGAGGAAUUUAAGAGUCAAUUGGCUCGUCAGUUUGGUGCCUCGCCUGGUCUUGGUGAAUUUGGAUUGCCUAGUGUUUUAAUGGGAUCAGCAGUAAGGCGCACUAACAAUCGUCGUAGGCUUGCAGCUCAAGCUGAACCUGCAUUGCCCCCUAUUCCAUCCGAAUACAUUGUAUCUGGAGAAGCUUUGCCAAAAAGAAGAGAUUCGCUUGACAGUCGCGCCUCUGUCUCUAGUUUACGAAGAGAGAGCUCGCUUCAGUCCAAGAGUAGAAAGAACAGCCUUUCUUCUGUACGUUCGGAAACAAAUGACGAUACGUCGUCACCGUCUGGUAUCACUUCUAUCCAUGAAGCAGAUGAAGAUACAAAGACAUUAGUUGCUAGUGUUCCACCACCACCUCCACCACCUCCUCCACCACCUCCUCCUAUGAAUGGCUCUUCUAUACCAGUUCCUCCUUCUCCAUCCCCAUCUCCAAUGCCAGGAGCUCCUAUGAAUGGUGCAACACCACCACCACCGCCUCCUCCUCCUCCUCCUCCUAUGUCAAGUUCAGCAAACAAUACGUCACCACCACCGCCUCCUCCUAUGCCAGGCUCUAUGAACAGUACAGCUCCACCUCCACCUCCUCCACCUUCUGCACCUUUCCCACCCCCUCCUGCCCCUGGUGCCAUCGGUAUGAAUGCCCUUGCCCCACGUAAACAACUUAAACACAUGCCAGGUGUCAAAACUCGUCAACUUCAAUGGCAAAAGCUCAAUGCUAACCAUAUUGGCUCGACAGUUUGGAAAUUGGGUACAUCUGCUGAAAAAGAAGAAGAACUAGAAGCAUUGUUGGAUAAGGAAGGUAUCUUUAACCGCAUGGAACAAGUGUUUGCUCAAAAAGUGGUGGCUAGUAAACGCGCUGCACCUAAAGAAAGACGACAAGAGAUCAGCAUCAUUGAUUCGCGUAAAGCAUACAAUAUCAGCAUUGCUGUCUUGGCCAAAUGUAAGCAUAUCUCAUUCAAGGAAUUCAAAAAGAAGAUCUUGGCUGUGGACGAAAAGUUUUGUACAGAAGUGUUACUCAAGAACCUAUUGGUCAAUGCUCCUUCGCAUGAUGAGAUGGGUAAAUUAUCCGUGUUCUUGAAGACAGCGUCAGAAGAAGACCUUGCUAGUCUAUCCAAGCCAGAUGCUUUCUGUGCCGAGAUCAUUUCUAUUGAUCGAUUUAAAGAACGUAUCACCAACAUGUUGUUUGUUGCAACAUUCAAUGAACGUAUUACGCAACUUGGAAAGAACAUGAACAAUGUCAUGGACGCUUCCACCAAUCUUAAAGAAUCUCAAGCAGUGAGAGAACUUUUAAAUAUUAUUCUUAUGAUUGGUAAUUUUUUGAACGGUACAAACUUCCAAGGUGGUGCCUUUGGUGUUCGUAUUGGCAGUAUCAACAAGUUAGUAGAUACCCGAGCUUCAAGUAAUGAUACCACACUACUUCAUUUUGUAUGUACAAUGAUUGAAGAGAAAUUCCCGAGCAUCAAUGAAACCCUGCUUAAAGAUCUUGAACUUUGUGGUGAAGCAUGUAGAGUCACUAUGCAAGAUUUAAUCAAGGACUAUAAUGAACUUCGAGUAGGACUCCAAACACUUAUUCACGAGCUUGACGUCCAUUACAAUGAAGACUAUGAACCAGAGCCAGGGGAUAAUUUUGCCUCAGCCAUGUACAAGUUCCGUGAUCGGGCUAUUGAGAAAUUCGAUCAGCUUGAAGUGCGUUAUACCUCUAUGGAUGUGGCCUAUAAAGACGUAGUAUCUUACUUUGGUGAAGAUCCAAACGAAAUGAAGCCCGAUGAAUUCUUUGGUAUUUUCCAGACAUUUACAUCUAGUUGGACAAAGGCUAAAUUAGAUAUUGUCAAGCAAAAGAAAAAACUAGAACAAGCAGAAAAGACAAAGCAAUUCCAAGAACAACGCAAAGCUCGUUUGAACAAACGACUUGAUAUGACUGAGACUGUGUCUGAAAGUCAAGAUGAUAAGGACAUUAUGGACAAUUUGUUAGAAAAAUUAAGAUCCGGUGAAAUGUCCACCAAUUCACAUAGAAAGAGCCGCAUGUCCGUGCGAGAAAGAAGAAGAACCCGGGCUGAGUCCAUGGUCGUAAAGGCAGAAGAUUUAUUAAGGCAUAUACAGAACGAAGAAGAAGCGCCACCUUUACCAAGAGCAGCAAGAAGUAGUUCUAGAAGAUUUACUAGCUCUGAUCGCAUGAAAAAAUUAGCCUUACUAGCAGAUAAAGGAGAAGUGGCUGCUCCAUAAUCAAGUUACUAAAUAAACCAAUUGGCGAUGUCC